AUGGUUAUCGGUGCAGAUGGUGUGCGCUCCAAAGCACGCGAGUUGGUAUUGGGCUAUGUUGAUAAGCCCAAGUCAAGUGGAUACGCCGUUUUCAGAGCAUGGUUCUCUAAUAAAGAUAUGAUUCAAGAUCCACGAACGAAGCACUUUUGCGAGAACGGAGACACAUUCAAUGGUUGGAUUGGUCCGGAUGUACACUUUUUGUUUUCCACUAUCAAAAAUGGACAAGACUGUUGUUGGGUUUUAACACACAAAGAUGACGCCGAUAUUGAAGAGUCAUGGUCCUUCCCAGGCAAGCUAGAGGAUGUAUACAAAGUUAUCGAAGACUGGGACCCGAUUUGCAAGGCAAUUGUUGAGAAGACUCCUUCGAUAGUUGACUGGAAGCUUGUUUAUCGCGAUCCACUACCACGUUGGGUGAGUGAACACGGACGUAUUGCGUUGCUUGGAGACUCGGCACAUCCGUUUCUACCAACCUCAGCACAAGGAGCAACGCAAGCGAUGGAAGACGGAGUAGUUCUGGCCGUAUGUCUGAAACGCGGGGGAAAGAAUGGUGUACCCGCUUCUGUUAGAGCGUAUCAGGAUAUUCGGUAUGAACGAGUCUGUGCCGUCCAGAAGACAGGUGAAACUACCCGCGACCUGUGGCACAAGGCAGACUGGGAAAAGGUGGCGAAGGAUCCCGCGUCAAUCCAAAUGCCUCGUGAGGAUUGGAUUUUCCGAUUUGAUGCGGAAAGAAAUGCGGAAGAGGUUUUUUCUAAGAUUGUUGAGGUGAACUGA